CCAAUUGGUCUUCUUGACUUGAGAGAAUAUAGAACUUACAGCAUUAUAACGCACGGUGAAUGUGAUAGAUGUAUCCAGAAGUUACGUUUGGCAGCCCAUUCGCUAGUAUUUUUGACAAUAUUAAAUACAUACAACAUAUAAAAGACUGAUGUCAGAUACUUUUAGUUCAGUUGAAGUAGUAGACGCACUGGAGAUUGUUGUGCCUACAUUUGAUAUCCACUAAGAAUAAUUAAAAACUUGUUAAAACCGAAUUUUUCAUUUAACGAGAAUGACGGAAGGUUCAACAGAAAUCCUAACAAGCCCGGACGUGCCUUACAAUAUUCUUGAAAAUGAAAAAGUUGGACGAUAUAUGGUCGCCGCAAAGGAUCUGAAAGCAGGAGAAGAAAUUUUAAGUGAACUACCAUUCGUGGUUGGACCGAAAGCGUCUAGCUAUCCAUUAUGCAUUUCCUGUUAUUCUCCAUGGCCAGAGACAGAGGGCAACAAUACACUUUGUUCAAAGUGCAGCUGGCCAGUUUGUGGACCAAACUGUGAAAAUCUAUCACAACAUAAGGAUUACGAAUGCGAGAUAUUUGCCGCUGUUGGAGAAAAGUUCAAUGUCAAAGAUAUUCUAGAAGGCAAUCAUGAGAAUGGUAUACCGCAACUGGAGUGUAUAACGCCAUUAAGAUUACUACUAGCAUCAGAAAAAGAUCCAGUAAAGUGGGCUGAAGUCAAAUCCAUGGAGACACAUACGAAGCAAAGAAUCAAGCAGCCACAAUGGCAGAAGGAUCACAUUAACAUUGUCGAAUAUUUGAGAAAGCGUUUGAAACUUGAGAGAUUUUCAGAGGAUGAUAUACAGAUGGCUUGUGGAAUUUUGGAAAUAAAUGCUCACGAGGUUCGGACUCCUACCGGAUGUGUAGCAAGAGCACUAUAUCCGAAGACCGCCAUGAUGAAUCAUUGUUGUGUGUCAAAUACAAGCCACAGUAUAUUGCCAGACAGUUACAGACUGCGACUAAGGACUACUGUCGAUAUUCCUAAAGGUGGAGAGUUAUAUGGAAGCUAUACGCACUCAUUGCUUCCAACGAUGAUACGCAGAGAGUAUCUUCUUCAGGGUAAACAUUUUGCAUGCGCGUGCGCCAGGUGUUCGGAUCCGACAGAACUUGGAACUCAUAUGUCCUCCUUGAAGUGCAACAAAUGUGACAACGGUCUUGUUCUGCCAUUGGAUUCUCUAGAUCCGGAGUGCAUGUGGAAGUGUACUCACUGUGAAUUUUCAACUAGCGGUCAAGCUGUUCGAAAAGUCUUUGAAAUCAUUCACAACCACGUUGAAAAUGUCGAGAUGAUUUCCGGCGCGGAUGGCGCAGAUGCUAUUCAGGAAAGGGAAAAUGUGAUAAAGAAAUAUCGUUCGGUUCUACAUCCACGCCAUGCCUUCCUCACUAUACUAAGACAUUCAUUGACCCAAAUGUAUGGUCGCGUUGAUGAAUAUUUACUGGAUGAUUUACCGGAUGUUGUUCUUGAACAUAAGGUCGACAUGUGUCGAAUAUUGUUACAAGUCUUGGACGUCAUUGAGCCGGGAUAUUCACGUAUAAGAGGAAUGACCCUUUACGAAUUACACGCGCCAUUAUUAUUCUUGGCUAAAAACCUUUGGAAUUCGGGAACCAUCGAUAACGCCGGACUCAAAUCAAAAAUGAUAGAAGCCGCCAGUAUCCUAAAAGAAGCAGCAAAUAUUUUAUGUCUGGAACCACCAGAAACGUCUGAAGGGAAAAUAGGAGUAGCAGCGUCUCAGGCCCUUGUUGAAUUGGAACAAUCAAUUGAAAAUUUGGAAACCUAAUCUAACAAUAAAUAACAGUGGGGUAUAAGAUA